CUGCACAUUGACCAGACAUAUUAAUAUAUUAAAACAGUGUGUUAUAUAUAUAGUUUUAUAUUGUGGGUGUUAUCAAAAUGCUGACCGUAAUCUUACUUUUUAUUUUGAUUUUGUGCUUACUUCAUUUUUUAUUUUAUCACAAUAGUUUUGCUAAAUCAUUACUGAUUGUUCCCGGUCCUCAGAUCAAAUUUUUUUUUGGAAAUUCCCUCGACAUCUUGUUAACAGCAGAGGAACUGUUUACCUUAUCAUAUCGAUGGGUCUCUUUAUAUAAAGGCAUAUUUAGAUUCUACGCAUAUUUUCAUGGCGCUGUAUGUAUAUAUAAUCCAGAUGAUAUCGAGAUAAUAGUUUCAAGCAUGAAAUAUCAUGAGAAAAGUGUCAUAUAUAAGUUCUUGAAACCGUGGCUUAAGGAUGGACUUCUGUUGAGUCAUGGUUCCAAGUGGCAGCAUCGAAGAAAGAUAUUAACAUCAGCUUUUCAUUUUAAUGUCUUGCAAAAAUAUUAUCCUGCAUUAGAAGACAAUAGUCAGCGUUUGAUAAAGUCUCUACAAAAUACAAAUGGAAAAAGUAUUGAUAUAAUACCUAUUUCAUCUGAAUAUACUCUUAACACAAUAUGUGAAAGUGCCAUGGGUACGCAGCUGAACGCGGAAGCAGCUAGUGCAGGAAAAUUAUAUAAACAAGCAAUAUAUGAAGUAACUAACACUAUAGUACAAAGAUUUGCCAAUUUAUUGUUGCACUUGGAUUUCGUUUUUAACAAAACUUCAGUUGGCAAAAAGCAAGUGAAAUAUCUGGAAGUUAUUCGCAAGUUUACUGAAAAUGUAAUAAAAGAGCGAAGGAAAAGAAUUAUAAAUCCAACAAUGGCAAAAAAUGACAGUGAUUUAGAUGAAAAAAAAGAGAAGGAAGAGUACCUUCUUAGCAAUAAAAAAAAUAGAAACGCCAUGUUAGAUUUGUUGAUUUCGGCUGAAAGAGACGGCUUAAUUGAUGAUGCUGGUAUUCAAGAAGAAGUGGAUACGUUUAUGUUCGAGGGAUAUGACACGACAGCGACUGGACUAAACUAUUGUUUGGUGCUGUUAGCAAACGAACAGGAAGCUCAGGACAAAGUUGUAGCAGAGCUGAAUGGUAUAUUUGGAGAUGACAAUCGCUUAGCCACCAUUGACGAUUUGAACAAAAUGCGCUAUCUAGAAUGUUGUAUUAAAGAGUCUUUACGACUUUACCCACCUGUACCCUUCAUAAGUCGUAAAGUACCCGUGGAUACUGUCUUAAGUGGCUACAAAAUACCAGCCGGUACAUAUUGCCACAUACAUAUAUACCAUUUACAUCGCGACGAGCAUUUAUUCAAGAACGCUCUUAAGUUUGACCCGGAUCGAUUUCUCCCUGCAAACAGUGUAGGGCGUCACAAUUACGCUUAUUUACCAUUCAGCGCCGGACCAAGAAAUUGUAUUGGUCAAAAAUUAGCUAUGAUAGAAUUGAAAUCAGCGCUUUCUGCUGUAUUGAGGAAUUUCAAGCUUAUCCCGGUCACAAAGCCAACUGAUCUUCGUUUCGCAGCUGAUUUAGUAUUAAGAAGUGUAGGGCCCAUUCAUAUGAAAUUUAUGAAACGAAGCUUUGUGUAG